AUCUUUCUACCCAAAUUAGGCCCAAAACAGGUCUUCACAUAACAACUCGUGAUCCCUCGGUCAAUUACCGAGUCUUCUAUGGCGCUAGCGGUGAGCAUAAGCCGCCCAACACCCCUCCUCUCUGCCUUCCUUCUCCGCCCUCUCCUCUCUACCUUCCUCCUCAAUCCCCGCCGUCCUCUCCCUCUUCCCUCUCCUUCUCUUCCGAUCCUAUUUUCUUCUCCCACUGUCUUCUCAAUCUCCACUUAUCCUAUUCUUCACCCACAAAUCUCAUCGCUCUCCUCCCCUUCCGCAGCCACCGACCCUGGCACCAGCGACUUCGACACUGAUUCUGUCGAGCCCUCUGCUCCCUUCGAUGAGUCCGACCUCCAUGGCUUUCUCCAGCUCCUCACCCAGGCCAAAUCCUUGUCCUCAUCUCGUAAAGAGGCCCUGGCCUUCCUGCGGGCCUCCUCGGGUGUCGCGCUCAACCUGGGUUUGGUCUGCAAGGCCCUCUGGGAGCUGAGGGGGGACUGCGAGUUGGCCUUCCUCGCUUUCCGAUGGGCGGAGGAGUGCGUCGCGGAUUGUCGGUGGGCGUGGCAUCUCAUGAUUUGGGCGAUGGGCAAGCAACGGCGAUUUGAUUUGUCCUGGUACCUGGUGCGUAAGAUGUACAAGACGUCGGUUCUCACGCAGCGGGCGAUGGUGAUCAUGAUGGAAAGGUAUGUAGCUGCAGAUGAAGCUAGGAAAGCAAUGAAAACUUUUCAGGUCAUGGAAAGGUUCAAAGUAAAUGCAGAUUUAACAGCAUUUUAUGCCCUUCUUUGUGCGCUUUGCAAGAACAAGUAUGUUGAAGAGGCUGAGGAGUUCCUCCUUCUAAAUCGGAAGUUUUUCCCCCUUACAGCUGAAAGCUUCAACAUAGUGCUAGAUGGAUGGUGUAAUGUCAUCUGUGAUGUGGUUGAAGCAAAGAGACUGUGGAGAGAAAUGUCAAAUUUCUGCAUCACCCCAGAUGGCAUUUCUUAUUCUCAUAUGAUCUGUUGUUUCUCAAAAGUUGGCAACCUAUUUGAUUCUCUAAGACUUUAUGAUGAAAUGAAGAAGAGGGGUUGGAUUCCUAACCUUGUGGUCUACAAUUCUCUUAUUUAUGUACUAACCAGAGAAAGUUGCUUGAGGGAUGCAAACAAUAUUUUUGAUAAAAUAAUAGAAGCAGGCUUGCAACCAAAUGUACAAACAUACAAUUCUAUGAUAUACCCAUUAUGCGAAGCACAGAAGCUGGAGGAAGCACGAAUGGCAAUGGAUGACAUGAUGGUGAAGGGAAUUCAUCCAACUAUCGAGACAUACCAUGCUUUUGUUAAGGUGGAAGACAUUGAAGGAACCGUGAAGCUUCUUAAAAGAAUGAAGGAUGCUAGUUGUGGUCCUAACAGCUACACUUUUUUCCUGAUAAUAAAUAAGUUCUUCAGAUUUGGUGAUUCUGAAAGCUCACUAAAAAUGUGGAGUGAGAUGAAGAGGUAUGAUGUCAUUCCUGAUGCUUCACAUUAUAUGGCUGUUGUAGAAGGUUUGGUAAAGCAUGGAUGGAUCCCAAAAGCUCUGGAAUUCUAUAAAGAAAUGAAAUCCAAGGGAUUUUCUGCUGAUCCUAAGCUCGAGAAGUUUUUCAUGUCCUUCAUAUCAAACAGCAAAAACCACUGGGGAACGAGUGGCAAGGAAUUCAUCUUUCCACAAAAUGGCAGACAUGGCACUUGCAUAAGAAUGAAAUUUGGAUAACCAACAUCAGUUCCUCCAAACCUUAUUGUUGCAGUGAUCGAAUUCGGUACAGUAUUGUCAAAUGUCUUAGAGAAAAGUGUUUGAUCUAUCAGCUCAUAAUGGCACCAGGAAUGUCUUCCGGCUUAGAUAUAGUGUACUCUAGCAGACGUGUCUAGCAUGGACACCUAUGAUUGGAAUUCUUUGUUGAUUUAUUACUUA